CUCUCGGUCUGUCUCUUCCUCACUUCUCUGGUCGGAUCCCGCGGCGGGUCGGGCCGCGAAGCACGGACUCCGGCGAGCUGCUGACGAGCGUGGGGAUUGGAUGGACGAGGCGAGCACCUCGGCGUCCGGCGGCGCGGCGGGGCGCGGUGGCCGACCCUUCCCGCCGGCCAGAUCGGGAGUGUAUUAUAGGUUCACCCAACAGAAUCUUCCAGCUUGGAAACCUGCAAUGACUCCAGGAUGUGUUAUAGCCAUGUUUUUGAUAAUUGGAGUCGCCUUUGUGCUUUUUGGGCUUGUUUGUCUCCAUGCUUCAAAUCAUGUUGCAGAGAUCGUUCACCGCUAUGAUGUUGAUUGCGUGCCUAAUGCUUACAAAGGAAAUAAGCAAGCUUAUAUUAAGGACAGCUCGAUCUCAAAGAAUUGUACUCAAGAAGUUAUGGUUCUGAAUCAUAUGAGAGCACCAAUUUAUGUUUAUUAUGAACUGGAGAACUUUUACCAGAAUCAUCGCAGGUACGUCAAAAGUAGAAGUGAUAAACAGCUGCUGUAUGGGCCAAAAUACACGGAUGAGAAAUGCAGUCCAGUAGAAAGGGAUAAUGGUAGUCCAAUUGUUCCCUGUGGCUUGAUUGCCUGGAGCUUGUUCAAUGAUACGUAUGGUUUUACCCGUAGGUCUAAGGAAAUAAAGGUCAACAGGAAAAAUAUUUCAUGGAAGAGUGAUCGGGAGCAUAAGUUUGGCAAGGAUGUCUAUCCUUCCAACUUUCAGAAUGGGUCCUUAAUUGGAGGCGGAGAACUCGACCCUGGUGUACCACUGAGCGAGCAGGAAGAUCUUAUUGUGUGGAUGCGUACUGCUGCUCUUCCCACAUUUCGAAAGCUCUAUGGUGUAAUUGAAGAGGAUCUACAAGUUGAUGAGACCAUAACAAUGCUCAUAACAAAUAAUUACAAUACCUACGGUUUUGGUGGAAAGAAAAGCAUAGUUCUUUCAACAGCAACCUGGCUAGGUGGCAAGAAUGACUUCCUUGGAUAUGCUUAUCUUGUCACUGGCUCCUUGAACAUUUUCAUGUCAAUUCUCUUUGCUCUGAUUCAUGUGAAGUAUCCAAGGCCGCCUGGUGACCCUAAUUGCCUAUCUUGGAACAGGAAAAACAGCAAUAGCUAAGGGGCUUCUAUUUAUGUGGAAGCCUGUAGGUACCAGCCAACAAACAUUAGCUCCCUUGUAAGAUCAAGACUAGUAUACAUCAUUUAUCUGAAACAAGUCAAAACAAUACGCUGGAUUCCGCCCAGAUCAAAAGAAACUUUAUACAGCAUGCAGUUCAGAUAUGGUUCCGAGACAUCUGCUUUGCAUCUAGAACAUCUGGAGGCUUGCAGUUUGCUCGUGUUUCUCAUAAAAGAAUGCACGCAGUACUUCUGAAACGAACUUCUGGUAAAAUCGUAGUUUCAGGUUCA